AUGAAUGCGGGCCUUAAUCAAGUCUGGAGUGAGGGAUGUAUUCCUAAGGAUUGGAGAACUUCAAUUAUAGUCCUUCUAUAUAAGAGAGGAGAGGUAAAUAAGGUUGGAAACUACAGGGGAAUCUCUUUCCUGUGCUCAGCCUAUAAAAUAUAUGCGAAGAUAAUCAGAAGGUUGGAGAAGAUUGUGGUACAAAAAGGUUUGCUGCCGGAGAGUCAAGCGGGAUUUAGGAAAGGACGUUCAACGAUGGAUAACAUUUUUGUAUUGGAUCAUCUAACACACAGGGAGGAUAAGGUUGGAAAGAAGGACAAGGUCUAUGCGUUCUUUGUUGACUUGAAGGCGGCUUUUGAUAAUGUAGAGAGGUCAGCUGUGGAAGAUUCUUAG